AUGUCUCGACCUACAAUAUUUUUAAUACAUAGCCUUAUAAUUUUGAUUAUAUUCUCACUAAAUACCAAUGCUGAAUCAAAAUUACUAGUGUUCACCUCACCUCCAUCAACCGAAGAAAUGGCAUAUAUUUCAUCGCAAUAUAAUGUCUCAAAAUUGAUCCAUCUUGGCGAUAAUUUUUAUGUGCUUCCCGGGGAUUUUGAUGAAAAACUAAAACUUGAUUCUCGAAACGAUUGGUGGAUGUCAGAAGACACUAUCGUGAGAAAGAUAAAACCUGUAAAUCCAGAUCCAGUUGCGGAAAUAGGUAACGGGUGUAAUCCUCCACCACCUGGAAUGGGUGGUAAUUUGACUGUGGAUCCAGGAUCUGUGAAAUUUGAAAAUACCACGAAUGAUAUUAUUGUUCAAACUAAUGUAAAGAGUUGGGGAUUAGACCGAAUUGAUCAACGUUCGCUUCCGUUAUCAAAAACAUACGACUUUGAUCAGAAUGCCGGUGAAGGAGUCGACGUUUAUGUGAUUGACACUGGUAUCAAUAUAAAUCAUGUUGAUUUCGAAGGAAGAGCAAGUUGGGGGUUAACUGCAGUUCCAAAUACUACUGAUAACGACCUCCUUGGACAUGGUACAUUUGUAGCUGGAAUAAUUGGCGGUAAAGUGUUUGGUGUGGCAAAAAAAGUCAAUUUAAUUGCAGUAAAGUGUUUGGACGAUAACGGAGAAGGAACUCUUAACAAUAUUCUAUAUGGAUUUGAAUUUAUCAUUAAUCAUCACAACAAUUCAAAAAGACCUGCUAUUGCAAAUCUCUCGUUUGGAACACAGAGAGAUAAAUUAGUCGACAUGGCUGUAAAUCAAGUGGUAUCGGCAGGGAUCACAGUUGUGGCUGCUGCUGGAAAUGGUGAUCAAUACGGCCGUCCUGAAGAUGCAUGCCUUUCAUCACCUGCAGCAUCUAAAUCCGCAAUCGCUGUUGGCGCGACUUUAGCAAAUGAUACUAUUGCCCCUUGGUCAAAUAUAGGUCCAUGCGUCACUUUAUUUGCACCCGGCGACAAUGUCAUGUCCGACCUUGCAUGCACAAAUUAUAAUGCUGGUAUUGAAUCAGGAACUUCUUUCUCAGCUCCUUAUGUAUCAGGUAUCAUAGCAUUGAUGCUCUCUAAAUAUAAUCUGAACCCUCAAAACGUGAAGACACAACUCACGCAACUCGCCACAAAAAAUGCCGUCAGAGGAUUGUCUGGAACGCAAAGUCCGAAUUUAUUAGCGUAUAGUCAGGUUCAGGAACUUGAGACAGGUGGAGCUGCGUCUGAUAAACUUCUCGGUAUUGGUGGUGUUAUUAUGUUUCGCAUUGUGAGUGUUUUUCUUUUAAUAGAGCAAUUACAGUUAUCAACUAAUGGCGCACCAAAAAAGUCGUUUUUAUACAUUCCAAUAUAA